UUAGAUCUGGAUUACAUCUUCGCUACAAACAAAAAAAAAUACUUCAAGAUGUCUUCUGUAAAGCUGAUUGUCGCCCUAGCGAUGGUAGCCUGCGCGGCGGCUGAGUACAACCACUACAACGGCUACAGCGGCUCUGGCGCGCACAUACCCAUUCUGCGGUACGAGAAUGUCAACAACGGAGAUGGCACCUACAGAUACAACUACGAAACAGGCAACGGCAUCGCAGCUCAUGAGAGCGGGGCUCCUCGCGCCCCUGGUCCUGAGGGCCCUGCCGUGACAGCAGAGGGUGGCUUCUCCUACCGCGCCCCUGAUGGUCAGCAGAUCUCCCUGACCUACACUGCUGACGAAAAUGGAUUCCACCCUACCGGCUCCCACAUCCCCACUCCUCCCCCAAUCCCAGAGGCUAUCCUCCGCUCCCUGCAACAGAACAGGCAGUAUUCUUCUUCUAACGAUGGAUACUACAACAGUGGCAGAUACAACCAUGGUGGUUAUUAUUAAGUAGUACUUCUUUCAUAAAGAGGUGUUACAGAUAUUUUGUAAUGGCGGCCGGCGAGUUUCAAAGGACUGAAGAUUUAAUGUAAUAUAUUUAUAUUGUACUAUUUAUACAGCUUUAAAUAAAUGGACGAUGAUUUAAAAA